AUGUCCCUCGAACAUAGUAAUUUAGAUAGAGUAUAUGUUGCUUCUUUAUUGUUAGGACAUGUAAAAUGCAACCCGUCGUACGGAAUCAAGCAUGUCAUCCAGACUGUGAAAGACCAUACCGGAUACGAUAUAGCAUAUCAAAAGGCAUGGUACAGUUUGAAAAUGGCACGUGAGAUGGUUUAUGGCACAUGGGAGAGCUCCGUUCAAAAGCUACCCAAAUACUUGGGAGCUCUCCAAAAAUAUAAUCCAAGAACGAUUGUUGAAUGGCAACAUAAAGCCCGCGACACAUCAAUCGGUGCAUAUGUGAUAGGGUACGCAUUCUGGGCGUUCAAGCCGUGCAUUGAAGGGUUCCAACACUGUCGCAACCUUAUCAGUGUAGAUGGGACCCAUCUAUACACAAAGUACAAGCACAAGAUGUUGAUUGCUGCUGCCAUGGAUGGAAAUCAACAGGUACUUCCUCUUGCUUUUGCUGUUGUCGAUGAAGAAUCACUUUUAUCUUGGAAGUGGUUUCUUAGAUAA